AGAUCCAACUUUGGUGAAAAGAACCGAUUGUGAUGAUGGCCAUGCAUUUUCUCUCUGCUCUCACUUUUGUGCUUCUCAUUCAAGAGAGCAAUACCUGGUCUUACUACUUCUCUGGAGAAAACAUGACUUAUGAUGAGGCCAGUGCUUAUUGUCAGCAAAAAUGUGCACAUCUGGCUGCCAUUCAAAAUAAAGAAGAGAUUGACUAUUUAAAUUCCAUAUUAGACUAUUCAAUAAGUUGUUACUGGAUUGGAAUCAGAAGAUUUAACGAUGUGUGGAUCUGGGUAGGGACCCAAAAACCUCUCACUGAAGAAGCCAAGAACUGGGCUCCAGGUGAACCCAACAAUAAGCAAAAUAAUGAAGACUGUGUGGAGAUCUACAUCAAGAGACCCAAGGAUACGGGCAUGUGGAAUGAUGAGAGAUGCAGCAAGAAGAAGCUUGCCUUGUGCUACACAGCUGCCUGUACCCAAGCAUCCUGCAGUGGCCAUGGUGAAUGUGUAGAGACCAUAAAUAAUUACACUUGUAAUUGCUACCCUGGCUUCAGUGGACACACGUGCGAGCAGGUUGUGACCUGUGAAGCUCAGGUUAAACCUCAGCAUGGGAACCUGAAUUGUAUUCAUCCUUUGGGGACCUUCAGCUACAACUCUUCCUGUUCUGUUGCCUGUGAGGAGGGCUACUUGCCAAGCAGCACGGAAACCACGUGGUGUACAUCUUCAGGACAGUGGAGUGCUCCCACUGCAACCUGCAACGUGGUCAAAUGUGAUGCUAUUGGAAGGCCUACCAAUGGAGAUGUAAAAUGUUCUCCAAGCCAAGAAAGCUCCCCAUGGAACACAACCUGUGCAUUUGACUGUGAGGAAGGAUUUGAGCUACAGGGACCCCAGAGCCUGCAGUGUACCUCAUCUGGGAGCUGGAAUGAUGAGAAGCCCACAUGUACAGCUGUGAAAUGUGAUCCUGUGCAGACACUGGAGAAUGGCUUGGUGGACUGUGCUCAUCCCCACACUGGGGAAUUCACCUAUCAGUCCUGUUGCACUUUCAAGUGUAAGGAAGGCUUUGAAUUACAUGGACCCACUCAACUCAAAUGCACAUCUCAAGGACAGUGGACACAGGAGCUCCCCUCCUGCCAAGCAGUGCAAUGUCCAAGCCUGUCUAUUCUGGGAAAGAUCAACACGAACUGCAGCAGCGAAUCUGUGUUUGGAACUGUGUGCAAUUUUACAUGCCCUGAAGGAUGGACCCUAAAUGGCUCUUCUGUGUUGCUGUGUGAUGCCACAGGACACUGGUCUGGGAUGCUGCCUACCUGUGAAGGUGAUAAAUUGCUUGAUGAUGAUUGUCUGGGGGGACUAGAGACACAAAGAAAUUUGUUCCUGCCAGCUAUGCAGCCCUUGAAUCACAAGAAAGCUGCCCAGUGCCUUCCAACCUCAUUUAAGCUCCAGAGCAUCAGGAAUAAGAAGCAUAUCCAAGAACCUAGAGCAAUAUGUGAAGAUGGCAGAUAUGAAGAACUUCCUUAUGGUCUUUAA